AGACAUGAACAGGAAGAAAUGGACCGAAAAGAGGAGAAGGAAGAAAUUUGAAGAAACAGCAAAGAAAAAUUUCUAUUUUGAUGCCUUCUCUUUUACUGUAUGUAAUGUGAGCCAUGUCACUUCCCAUCACCUACCACUGAUAAUUCCAUGCCUUCUUAUUAGCCCCACCAUUUGCCUCUCCUCAGAAUUUCAUGUGCCUCUUGUGUUCUUCAAUUCCCUCCAAUUUCACCACAGGGUGUGAUUAGUGCCUUUGCUGUGACCUCCUCCUUCAUUUGGUCCAGUGAGGGGAGGGGGUCUCAGAAGUUCCAUUUCAGAAACAGACACCCUUUUGAUCAUUUCCGAAAACCCAGAAAGCAAAAGCUAACAUUGGUAGGAUUUUGACAAUGGAUGUGAAGUUUUGGUGCUACAAUGGCUUCACACCCAAAAGGGUUUUGGAAGCUUGAAAGAUCUAGUGUUUAACUUGCUUCAGGGUCUGAAAAGUAGCUGGGGACAAAUCUUGAAGGAUUUGAGUUGUGAAGAGUUUGUUUAGCAGCAAAAUGGCAUCUGAUCUGAGUUCGGGGUUGUCCAAGAAAACUUUUGUAUUUGGUUUGAAAGUGUGGGUACUAAUGGGAAUACUAGUUGGGUUAUUCAUCAUAAUCAUUCUUGUGGUGCUAUCAAUAUGUCUCACUUUAAGAAAGAAGUUCAGAAGAGUCAAAGGUAAGCUUCCACUCAGCCAUGUGUUAGCUGUUUCAGAAGAGAUCAAAGAAAUUAGAGUUGAUCAAGUUUCAGCAAAUAAUCAUCCACAGAAUGGUACUUUUAUGAGUCUGAAUGACAAAUUUGGUGAAGGGGAGACUGAAAAGGUUUUGAACCAAACACAGAAUGGGGACAAUAGUAGUCAAUCAGGCUCCUUUAAUCAUUUAGAACAAGAUGGUAAUGGCUCUCAAUCAGGUGAAGAAAGUGGUGCUAAGGGAAUUGCUUCUUAUAGGUCUUCUUUGCAUCCUAUAACCGCACCAUCCCCUUUGUCUGGUCUGCCGGAAUUCUCACAGCUUGGCUGGGGCCACUGGUUUACAUUAAGGGACCUAGAACUUGCUACAAACAGAUUUUCAAAAGAAAAUGUUAUUGGGGAAGGUGGAUAUGGAAUUGUUUAUCGUGGUCAAUUAAUCAAUGGGAGUCCUGUGGCCAUAAAGAAGCUACUCAAUAAUUUAGGACAAGCUGAAAAGGAAUUCAGAGUGGAGGUUGAGGCUAUUGGUCAUGUGCGGCAUAAGAACUUAGUACGACUUUUGGGCUACUGCAUUGAAGGCACACAUAGGUUGUUGAUAUAUGAGUAUGUUAACAAUGGCAAUUUAGAGCAGUGGCUUCAUGGGGCCAUGCGGCAGCAUGGUUUUCUUACUUGGGAUGCUCGGAUAAAAAUUCUCCUUGGAACAGCCAAAGCGCUGGCUUAUUUGCACGAGGCAAUUGAGCCAAAAGUUGUGCAUAGAGAUAUUAAGUCGAGCAAUAUUCUAAUUGAUGAGGACUUUAAUUCCAAAAUAUCUGACUUUGGGCUGGCUAAGUUACUUGGUGCUGGAAAAAGUCAUAUUACAACCAGAGUUAUGGGCACUUUUGGAUAUGUAGCUCCAGAAUAUGCCAAUUCUGGCUUGCUAAACGAGAAGAGUGAUGUUUACAGCUUUGGGGUAUUGCUCCUUGAAGCAAUUACAGGAAGAGACCCCGUGGAUUAUAGCCGACCAGCAGCCGAGGUAAAUUUGGUCGACUGGCUGAAGAUGAUGGUAGGUUUUCGACGCUCAGAAGAGGUGUUGGAUCCCAACAUCGAGACCAGGCCAUCGACAAGUGCUCUUAAACGAGCCCUCUUGACAGCUCUGAGAUGUGUUGAUCCAGAUGCAGAAAAAAGACCAAGAAUGAGCCAAGUCGUCCGCAUGCUUGAAUCAGAGGAAUAUCCUAUACCACGAGAGGAUCGAAGACGCCGGAAGAGUCAGGCCGGAAACAUGGAGGUGGAGACUCAUUCUGAUACAGACAAGAGUGACAAUGCAGAUUAUAAGUCCAAUGGCAGAAGGAACCAAUGUGUGUAGCAGAGGCAGGCAUCUCAAAGAAUUUAUGGAAUGAAGAACACAAGUUAAUGGUAAAUUUUGCACUUUUGAGCUUUUGUAAAAGUUGUGAUGGCUGCCACUUUAUACAUGAAAACAUGGAGCAGGAACAGGUUUCUUUGGGAUGGUUUAUAUACUUAUUUGUUGUUAUAGUUAGUUUGUAGAUGUUAGAUUGUAGAUUAUUGUUUAUGGAUAAUGGUGGUUUGUACAGUUUCAUUACUAUUCUUUC